AUGGCAAUGGCAGAUGCGAUGCCAGUCCUUCCCGAGCACGACAUCACCGUAGUGAACACCUUCGUGCAAGUUUCCGAGGCCCGCCCACGUCAUCGGCUUCAGCGGUCGCAAACCGCACCCGUGACAGCAGCCGACGAUGAGGCCGAGGAGGAGCUCGAGACAGAGGAGCAGACAGGUGAAGCACAAUUUGUCUCAGAGGAUGCUGAGCCGAAAGCAGAGAAAGAAGUGAUCGAAGACUGCCCCGAGCCGAGCGAGCCCGUGAAAAUGAAUGUCAAGAAGCUGCAGACCUUCAAGACCCUGAAUCGUUUCGAAACACCGGACCCCUGGGACUUGGAGGCAAUCUGCAAGAGUCUGGACGAGGAGCAGGCCAUGCAGACCCUGCCCGCAAAGGCAGCCUCGUCUUCCAAGCCUCGACUGUUGCACUCAGCGACACCCGACCGAUGGGAGUGGGAUGCGAUGGUUCAAGAGGAGAAGAUGAUCGAAUCCCGCAGUCGAGCAGAGACACCCAGCCAGCCGCCGGUGGCUCCCGUGUCAGUGCCAGCGCCAGUCCCAGUCCCACCGCCGGUGGCGCGUUCGGCUUACAUCCCGGCGCAGGCCUGCAUAGCCCAGGCAGCCCCCAUAGUAUCGCUCCUGACAGUGCCCGCGACGCUUGCAAUUCCUGCUGUCGCUUCUGCGAUGCCAGCAGUGCAGCCAGGUUGCGAGUAUCCUCGCCUGUUGGGUAGCGUGAGCCCAGCGUCGCCAGGCUCACCCAAACCAAUGUCGCCCAGUGUCUCCCCACGUGUGCGACCCGGGACACUGGAGACGAUGCACCUGGACGAAAAUCGGGAGUUGGUGAAGUGGUACGUAGACGCCACGAAGUUCGAUUCGAACUCAGAACGGCUUCUGAGCCCCGAGUUCGCGUUGCACUUCCCCGGACAGGCCGACCCCUUCACCUUCCGGAUGGUAAUCCUCGCCACGCAGACAGGCGGCAAGCAUGGUGCAGGAUUCAAGAAGGCCAAAGGACGGGGCAGCAUUGAGCUGAAGUGUUCUUCUGCCGUGCCUUCAGGUGUGGACAGUGUCACUGCCCUUGUCACCAUCGGCGAAGGUGCACGCAAGCAGAUCGGCGCAAAGCCAAUUGAGCACAACUUCGGCGACAAAACAUGCUGCCAGUUGCCCAACGGGGAGGAGGCGGAUUGGGAUUUCAAGCAGUCGGUCAGCCGAGACGCCAAGAGCUUCGAGAUCGCAGUGGAGAUCCACCUUUGUGGCAAGGAUGGCUUAGCUCCAGAUGGCUUCGGCUCGGGCUUCCAGCCUCAGGGGAACGGAGGAUUUGGUGGAGGGCCCGAAGGCGGGUUUGGCUACGGCUCCCAGGGCGGAUUCCCUCAAGCCUACCCGCCGCCCAACUACGUGCCCGGGGAUGUGUCGUACGGGGGAGGCUUUGGGGCACCCCCACCCCCACCGCAAGGAGCCGGCUAUGGUGGCUAUCCUGGGGGAUAUGACAUGUACCAGCAAGGCUUUCAGCAACCUCCCCCCGUGGCGAACUACGGUGGGAGCUUCAGCAGUUUCGAUGCAGGUCGAGGUCGAGACUUCGAUGGAAGAGACCGGGACAGUGGCCGCGACGGCGGCCGCGACGGCGGCCGUGGCUAUGAUGGUGGCAGGGGUGACCGAGGAGCCGAUCGAGGCUCCGACAGAGGCGACCGCGGAAGGAGAGAUUUUGAUAGACCGGGUGGUGAUAGAGGUGGCAGGGACCACGAUCGAGGAGGGCGAGACUACGACCGAGGUGACAGAGGUGAUCGAGGCCGUGGCUUCGACGACAGGGCAGCCGACAGAAGAGACAGCGGGAAGGGCUACGACUUUGGGAAGGGUGGGUAUGGCCGUGGCAUGCCACUCCCAGAGCCCGUGGAGCUCCAGCUAAAGAACCUGCCUCUUGAUGCCACGGAGCCGGCGCUCCGCAGCCUCUUCGGGCAGAAGGCCGGGGAUGAAAUGUUUCCCUUGCCCUCGAUGGCACCAGCAGAUGCGAUGCCAGUCCUUCCCGAGCACGAUAUCACCGUAGUGAACACCUUCGUGCAGGUUUCCGAAGCCCGCCCACGUCAUCGGCUUCAGCGAUCGCAAACCGCACCCGUGACAGCAGCCGACGAUGAGGCCGAGGAGGAGCUCGAGACAGAGGAGCAGACAGGUGAAGCACAAUUUGUCUCAGAGGAUGCUGAGCCGAAGGCAGAGAAAGAAGUGAUCGAAGACUGCCCCGAGCCGAGCGAGCCCGUGAAAAUGAAUGUCAAGAAGCUGCAGACCUUCAAGACCCUGAAUCGUUUCGAAACACCGGACCCCUGGGACUUGGAGGCAAUCUGCAAGAGUCUGGACGAGGAGCAGGCCAUGCAGACCCUGCCCGCAAAGGCAGCCUCGUCUUCCAAGCCUCGACUGUUGCACUCAGCGACACCAGACCGAUGGGAGUGGGAUGCGAUGGUUCAAGAGGAGAAGAUGAUCGAAUCCCGCAGUCGAGCAGAGACACCCAGCCAGCCGCCGGUGGCUCCCGUGUCAGUGCCAGCGCCAGUCCCAGUCCCACCGCCGGUGGCGCGUUCGGCUUACAUCCCGGCGCAGGCCUGCAUAGCCCAGGCAGCCCCCAUGGUAUCGCUCCUGACAGUGCCUGCGACGCUUGCAAUUCCUGCUGUCGCUUCUGCGAUGCCAGCAGUGCAGCCAGGUUGCGAGUAUCCUCGCCUGUUGGGUAGCGUGAGCCCAGCAUCGCAGGGCUCACCGAAACCAAUGUCGCCCAGUGUCUCCCCACGUGUACGGCCCGGGACACUUGAGACGCUGCACCUGGACGAAAAUCGGGAGUUGGUGAAGUGGUACGUAGACGCCACGAAGUUCGAUUCGAACUCAGAACGGCUUCUGAGCCCCGAGUUCGCGUUGCACUUCCCCGGACAGGCAGAGCCCUUCACCUUUCGGAUGGUAAUCCUCGCCACGCAGACAGGCGGCAAGCAUGGUGCAGGAUUCAAGAAGGCCAAAGGACGGGGCAGCAUUGAGCUGAAGUGUUCUUCUGCUGUGCCUUCAGGUGUGGACAGUGUUACUGCCCUUGUCACCAUUGGCGAAGGUGCACGCAAGCAGAUCGGCGCAAAGCCAACUGAGCACAACUUCGGCGACAAGAUAUGCUGCCAGCUGCCCAAUGGGGAGGAGGCGGAUUGGGACUUCAAGCAGUCGAUAGGCCGAGACGCCAAGAGCUUCGAGAUCGCAGUGGAGAUCCACCUUUGA